GACGUCUUUCAUUUUGGUAUCCCAAAUUUGCACCGCCUAUCGUCUCCACAGAGGGGAGCGUUGCAAAUUUCUAAGUUCUUACAAGCAAUCGGUUCCAUCCAAUAAUCCAUAUCCACCAUGUCAUUUCAUUGGUGCGAUAAUCUGCAUACAGCAGUUUUUAGUCCUCGUGACUAUCAAGUUGAACUUUUAGCUGCUGCAUUUGAGCGCAACACCAUGAUAUGUUUGGGCCAUAAAUCGUCCAAGGAAUUCAUUGCGUUAAAACUGUUGCAAGAAUUGGGACAUAAGCAACGACUGCUAGAUAACAAAAUUGCUAUUUAUCUUAGUACGAGCAAGGCGCCGGCAAUGUUUACAAUGUUGCAACACUUAACAGAUUUGAGGGUAUGCCAGGAGCCAAGCACUACUUUUGAUGAUCUGCCUCGGGGGUUUAAUGUUUACAUUUUGCAACCGAAAACAUGUCUACAUUUGAUGCGCGAGGGUGUUCUCAAGAUGGAAAAAGUAUAUUUGCUGGUAUUGGAUGAUUGUCAUCAGGAUACAUUAUUUGCAGACAUGCGAGAAAUAUUUAGUAGUUUUUAUAAAAUCGAAGACCUACAAGAUAUGCCAAAAGUGUUGGGUCUAGCUGGUCCUUUGCAUAGUGCGGGUUGUGACUUAGCUGAACUGUCUGCAAUGCUUAAUGGCCUAGAAAAGACCGUCAAAUGUCGAACGGAAACAGCAAGCGACAUUGUCACAGUUUUAAGGUAAAUAACUCUAGAUUCUUUUAGCAUUUGUCUUAAAGUGUGGGUACAUAAGCAGCUUGGCAUAUUUUGUGACACAUUAUAAAGGCUUGCUCCCGGACUUAACAGUUAAAUAGAAAUUUUGGCUACAAAAAUGUAAAUGUAAUUGGAAAAUAUUAAAGUUGAGUGAAUUUAGAAAAGUAA